AUGGCGCCUGCAUGGUUUGGACCUCCUAAUGGACAUCAGAUGAGGCAACAACAAGGCCAACAGCCUGGCGGAGGCCAUUAUCACCCUCAGGGACAGCGAAUGCCUCCUGCAGGAGGUGGUAUGACUGGAGAAGCCUCGUCGCCUCAUACGUACCAUCACCGAAAUUCCCCUCCUUUGGGCGGUCCUUACGCUGGGCAUGUCCACCCUGGAGCCCCCAGAUCUCAUGCUCCACCACCUCAUGGAGGCAUGGGACACCCUAGAAUGCCCCCACAAGGAGGACGUUACCAAGUUCAGCAUCCUCAGUCGAUGCCUAUGGGUGGUGGUGGACAUCGCCAGAUUCCUGCUGCUCCGGGCAACCACGGUCAUCACAUGUCAUCGCGUCACCACGCUCCCUCUCCGGGGAUGUCUCGACGAAUUCCUCUUCCUCCUGCAAAUGCAAUGCGGCCAAUUCCGCAACAAGCUGGCGGCGGUGGCCCAAGACCGAUGUUUGAUCAACAACAGCAGCGAGGUGGAGGAUCGCUGAUGCAGCAGCAUCCAUCACAGCAGGGACAUCCUCGCCCAAUGCAUCAUCAUCACCACCAUGGCAUGAUGAGAUUUCAGCAGGAACAUCAUCAUCCCCACCAUCAGAUGUAUGGGUACCAUCCGUCAAUGGCUGAGCAUCAUAUGGGAAUGGAAGUCGAGAAUCGGGGUCAACAUCAUCAGCAUUAUCCCUCACAACCAGAUACCCCCGAACAACAAGGAUCUCAUGAUACCCAUAGCAGAUCGCCUUCACCUCCUCCCAUCCCACCUCCUCAGUUCCAUAAGCAUCAUCAGCACGAGCAACACCCUGGUGAAGUCUCCCAGAGACCCUCACCUGCUUCCAUUCCGGAUAGUGAAAGCAGUUUGGGCGACCACGAGCGGAAUCAGCACCUCCAGCCGAUGCCUCCUCUUUCCAACGCGGCAUCUGCUUGGAACUCGGGCCCUGGAAUGGGUCCUUUGCGUGAAUCCAGGCUUCAGAACAUGCCUCAGAAACACAUGAUCAUGCCCUUGCCCCAACAUCCGCAUCAUCCAAUGGCGCAGAGACCCAUGCCACAGGUGCGAAAUGGAGGCAUGCAUCAUCCGUACAUGAACGAAAAUAUGGAGCGUUUCAGAGCUAUGGAGCAGCAAAAGCGAAUGGGGGCUCAUCACAUGAAGCCGAUUCCCCAUCAUCACCCACCUCACCAUCAUCAGUUUCAUAUGGUUGGUCCGAACGGACGACCAUCGGUUCCAUCUCCAGGUCACAGCCACCAGCAAGAACAGCAGCCGCAAGAUCCACCGAAAAAGCAAGAGGGCGGCAAAAAGGGGCCCGAUAUCACUAUGGAUGCUGCUUCCAUGUUGUUGGCCCUCCGAACUUCAGCCAGCCCUUCCACAGUUUCCGCGGCCACUCUCGAAGAACAAGCCUCAAGGGAUCAGUCCGAGACCUCCAAGAAGGCCGCAAUGUCAGACCAACAAGACCAUGACGAUCUGGAAGAUGACGAUGUGCCGGCUUUGGCAUCCUCCUCGUCUUCGUUGUCAGCGCCACCCAAGCCUCCUCAGGUCCAGCACCAUGAAGUACCCAAGAAUUUCCCGACUCGGCUGGCUCUGCCGAACGAUGAAGCCAAACUCAAUUCCCUGCAUUGCUUCUUAAGAUCGGAAUUGCUCGAGAUUUUUGUUGUGCAAAAGUCCGCCAACAAGAGUCCCACCCAUUCUCCUGGUUCUUCCGUAGGACGCGUUGGGUUGCGCUGCGUCUUCUGUGCCAUGGUCAGGCAAAGGCAUGCCGUUUCUACCACGGCAGAUGACGCACAUGGCAAUCCACACCACCCACGCGUUGACGAAGCUCCCAUGGCAGUCUUUUAUCCAAAGUCCAUUGCUGAGAUUUAUCGAUUGGUCACAUCGUGGCAACGUUGCCACUUGCGCAAAUGUCGGAACCUUCCACCAGACAUUCGGUCCAAAUGGACUCUGCUGCGAGAGAAUGACAAGUCAAGGGGAAAGACUCAUUACUGGAUCACUAGUGCCAAGGAGAUUGGGUUGGUGGAUUGCCAAAGCCGAGCGGGUGGUAUUCGGUUUGCGACUCCAAGAAGCUCCAGCGAAGCUAGUGGGAGCAUCGCCACGGCAGCGGGUACAGAGAACGACGGCGGCGCCACCAAUGAAAGCACUACCAGUACUCAAGGCAACGACGAGCAAUCAAUCGUCAAGGCUGCUCCACCAUAUCAGCCCCACAAUAAUCCCGACUUUCCUCAAGGUCCGUCCCAGAAGCAACGCGAGGCAGCUGUCUCCAGAGAUUCCGAGAGCACGGAACCAGCUCCGACUGUUCCAUCACCUUUGAAGAUUGAAAAGAAUGAUGGGGAGACAGAGCACCCAACGACCGCCCCUCCUCCUGUGACGGAUGUCAUGGAUGCUUCGAAUGAUGGGGAGACAGAGCACACAGCGACCGCCCCUCCUGUGACAUCCGAUGUCAUGGACGCUGAGGUCACGAGUGCGGAAGCGGUCGACAGCAAGAGUGCUACUCCCGCAAACAGUUGUGGGGGCUCGGAGGAGCCUACGAAGAGACAAAGUGAAGCCUUUGUUUGUGCGGAAGAGGUCGAUAGCAAGAGAGCUACUCCCGCAAACAGUUGUGGGGGCUCGGAGGAGCCUACGAGUGAAGCCUUCGUUUUCAAGACGGUGGACUCGAGUGAUGCUGCGCCGAACAUCGCCCCUGUCGCUGAAAUGGCAACGAACGCCAAUGACGCUGUCGUUGAACCGGAACCCUUGGGGCUGCAGCACGGGUGGUAG